GAGAUGAGAUCAAUUUCUGCUCUGCAUUACUCUCAGUGUUUGGACACGAGUGAGGAUUAAUAAAAGAAGCCAUGAUGGACUGUUUAUAUAUUUUUCUCUUUAUGCUGCACUUCAGUGCUGGGUGUGAUAUGGAUAUGGUUCAACAGACACUUGAGGUCACUGGUUAUUCAGGAGGGUCUGUAGUUCUGCCCUGCUCCUGUACUGAACCACAGGAUAAACCUCACCAGCUGAUAUGGACGUAUCAUCAGGGGGAUUAUAAAGAACUUUAUCCAUCUGAACACAUUGAGAGGUACAAGAACAGAGUUACACUGUUGAAUCAAACUACACCAGGAGAUCUCUCUCUACUCCUCUCAUCACUGACUAAAGAGGAUGAUGGAGACUAUCAAUGUUAUGUGUCAUCUGACCAGUAUACCUACAUCAGACUUCAUGUUAAAGGGUGUGAUAUGGAUAUGGUUCGACAGACACUUGAGGUCACUGGUUAUUCAGGAGGGUCUGUACUUCUGCCCUGCUCCUGUACUGACCCACAGACUAAACCUCACCAGCUGAAAUGGACGUAUCAUCAGGGGGAUUAUAAAGAAUUUUAUCCAUCUGAACACAUUGAGAGGUACAAGAACAGAGUUACACUGUUGAAUCAAACUACACCAGGAGAUCUCUCUCUACGCCUCUCAUCACUGACUAAAGAGGAUGUUGGAGUCUAUCAAUGUUAUGUGUCAUCUGACCAGUAUACCUACAUCAGACUUCAUGUUAAAGGGUGUGAUAUGGAUAUGGUUCGACAGACACUUGAGGUCACUGGUUAUUCAGGAGGGUCUGUAGUUCUGCCCUGCUCCUGUACUGAACCACAGACUAAACCUCACCAGCUGAAAUGGACGUAUCAUCAGGGGAAUUAUACAGAAAUUUAUCCAUCUGAACACAUUGAGAGGUACAAGAACAGAGUUACAUUGUUGAAUCAAACUACACCAGGAAAUCUCUCUCUACGCCUCUCAUCACUGACUAAAGAGGAUGAUGGAGACUAUCAAUGUUAUGUGUCAUCUGACCAGUAUACCUACAUCAGACUUUGUGUUAAAGAAAAGCCACAUGUCAAUACAAACAAAUUAUCAACAUCCAAACCUUUAACAACCAGAAAACAAACCCCUGAACUUAUCAACCAGCCAACAGAAAACAUGCCUCAGUAUGUUUUUAUAUUAAUGGGAGUGUUUGCCUUAGUGUUGUUACUGGCAUUACUAGCCUUUAUCUACUGGAGAUGGAAAGGAGGUAAAAAUGUGAAAGUGACCCGUGAUGAUCCAGAGAUAGUGAGAGAACCGAAUAAUGAGCCAAGCACAAGUCUCUAUGAACCGAAGAAGGAGGCAAGCACACAUCUCUACGAACCGAUCAAUGAGGCAAGCACAAAUCUCUACGAACCGAAGAAUGAGGAUGACGUUACGUAUUCUGCUGUAGUCCAUGUAAAAAGAUCAUCCACACCUGCUUCCACACAGAAUGACAAAGUAGAUGACACAGAGUAUGCUAGUGUAAAUGUAAAACAAACUUAAAUCUAUUUCACUAAACAUUUGAGUUCAUCAUUCUAAUGUUGUAUUUAGAUCCUCUUUGCAGUUUUAGAAACCAUGUGUCCAAAAAGCAUGAUUUACAAUGUAACAAUAUAAUCAAACUAUAUAAUAAUGUGAAUUUGACUAUGCAUGUAGUUUUUCCAGUAAUAUAGUUUUGUGCAAUCGUUCUAGUGGCUGUUCAGCAAGAAAACAAGUUUAACAAUUUGCUCAAAUGUAAAAAUCAUUUGUAAAUACAAGUUCCAAAUUUAAAUUCUCGCUUCACUCAAUAUACAGCCAAAUUAAGAGUACUUUUCAAAGCACCUUUUCAGUUUUUUUAUGUACUGGUAUGUGUUAAGGUACAAUGAUAAUUUUUGUUUCAUUGAGUGAACUGCUUAUAAUAUUUCUCCCAGAUUUCAAAUAAAUGAUUGUUUGUAUUUGGAUUUAUUUGCAGAAAAUAAAACUGGAGAAAUAUAAAUCUCUGUAUUUUUUCAGACUUCACUCACUGCAAAGAA